AUGCCGGCCACCAUCACCACGCCGUCGGCCGCAUCACCACCACCACGCCAGCCGCCGCCGCCCGAGACCGCAUCGCCGCCCCUUGAGGCCCGCGUCGCGCCGGCCGCCUACCCACAGGUGACCCCGCCGCCCGUAGGUGCCCCCACCGGCCACCGUCGCCACCCGUGCCCUGAGGCCCAUGCCACGUCGGCCGCCACCCGUGGCCGCGCCGCCGCCGCCGCCGCCGUCCAAGGCCCAAGGCUGCACCGCCGCUGCGCGAGGCCCGUGCCACCGCCACUCGGAUUCACACCGGUGCCGCCCGAAUCCACACCGGCGACGCCCAGAUCCAUGCCGGCGCCGCCCGGAUCCACGCCAUCGACGACAAGGUGGUCCCCGCCGUCGCCGCUUGGAGGAGCCGCCGUAGACCCCGUCGCCACUGCUCCUCUUCAUGCGCCACCGCCGCACCUCACCCCGCCGCUGCUCCUCACUGCCGGUUCCGAGGUCUGGGAGAUUUGCGUGGACCCUGAUUAUGUGAACCUUGCGGUCCGCACGACCGAGCUUCAGACCGGCCACUUCGCCGCCGAGUGCCCCAGGAAGAAGAGUUCCAGGGAUGAUGACGGCCGCUCCAGGCACGAGGAGUACCGCGAGCACCGCCACAAGCACAAGAGUGGGCACUCCCACAAGAAGAAUGGCGGACGCUCCAAGCGGCACCGCGAGCGGAAGAAGAAGAACGUCGGCAAGUACAAGGACAAGCAGGCGUUCGUCGCCCAGAGCGAGGAUCACUCCUCCACCAGCCAGAGUUCGACGUCUUCAUUCUCAUCCAGCUCCAGUGACUCCGACUGA